AAGUAUCCGGAUUGUUCAGUUCUUAGUGAUUCGUUCAAAGAUGAAAACGGUAUGUUACUGUUUUAUUUUAUCACUCACACUUGUCAGUUUUUUUUUAUUUGCUGCAGUUGACUGUUCUGUUUUUCCUGAUCCUUAUACGAAGGAGGUUAGACUUAAUAACUUUGCCUUCGAAAAUUGUCAAGGAAAAAUUAUGGCUGAUUUAAUUAGAAAAUUUGUUUGUAAAGAAGUACCGAUGGAAGAUAUAUCUUAUAUAUUUGCUGUACCAGAAAAAGCAAACCGACUGUCACAGUAUUGCAUAGAUCGAGAGACUGCAACUCGACAACAGUUAUCGUCUCUCAUGACUAUUCCUGUGCCUAUAUUUAACGAAGUUCCAGAUAUGACUUUAUUGCCAGGUCUUGGAACUAAAAGAAGAGGCAUAGUAAGAAAUGCUAUGCAGACUGUAAUAAAUGGAUUUUCAGAAGAAGAAUCUAUGGAUAAAAAUUUGUGUCGCUCAUUAGGAUUACUCAGAAGUGUACUAGACCCAGAAUCAUUUAUAAAUUCCUUUUUGAUCGAAGUUGGCACAUGUAUCGUAAUUUCAACUAUAAAAGGCAUUGUUAAAAGCAGCAAAUACAAGUAUGUUGGUGGUGUGAUUCUUCAAGUUCAGAUCAAUGAUACCAAUCGAACAGAACCACUAUCUUAUGAGAAGGCGUGGUAAUAUAGACCAGUUACAUCAUACACAAAACGACAUCGUACAUUUUAAUACUUUUUAGUAUCAUAUUAUAAUACUUGAAAUUAUGUUUUAAUACCGCACUUAAAUACAACUAAAAAAAAAAUAUAUG